GCCGUGUGCUGGUGUUUGGCCAUUUUUGACGACUCACGGAUCGGUUUCGAGACAUGCGAUCGAGACUGGGCAUCCUCGUUACUGCUGCGACGGCUUGCAGGGCGCUCUCACUCGUUGCGCACAGGAGCUCAGCAUGCAGUGCCGUCAGCUGCUCGACGACGCGGCCGCGGCCAGGGCUCGCGCACCGAUGCGCGAUCGCAUCGCUGGCGCUGACGCUGUCGGCGCUGUCGCCGCGACCAGCAAUGGCGGACGGUGCAGUUCUCUUCGAGGCGAAGUGCGCCGCCUGCCAUGCCGGUGGCGGUAACGUUGUGGCCCGCGGCAAGACGCUCGAUCGGGCGGCACUGACGGCCAACAACGUUGAUAUCGCUACGAUCGUGACGAUGGGCAAAAAUCAGAUGCCCGGCUUCGGGGAAGCGUGCGCCCCCAAACCGGCCUGCACCUUUGGCGCACGCCUCUCCGACGCGGACAUCGCUGAAGUGUCGAAGUGGGUCGACGCGCGCGCCGACGACGGGAAGUGGUCCCAAUAA